AUGUUCAAUAUCGGCGACAUCGAAGCACUCACUAAAGAUGGAGGUCCACUUGGCACAGGGCAGCCCUGGGCCGAGAUGAUUUACAGAAUCACCGGAUCGAGAGCCGCCACCAUUGUCCUUGUUCUCGUCAUGAUGCUCAUGUACUUCUUCUGCGCCGUCAACCAGGUCACCACUAGCUCCCGUCAAGUCUGGUCCUUCGCUCGCGACAAGGGUUUCCCAUUCCACAAGUUCCUCUCCAGGGUCCGUCCCAACGGUGUCCCGGCGAACUCAGUGUAUGUCACGCUGGCAUUCACUUGCCUGCUUGCUUUGWUCAUCAUCGGCUCCACGGUCGCCUUCAACGUCAUCCUAUCCAUCUCUGCCACUUCGCUCUUCACCAGCUAUCUGGUGGUCAUUGGCACAGUAAUAGCGAAGAGAAUCCGUGGCGAGAGGUUUCCACAUUCGAAGUGGAGUCUCGGAAGAUGGGGCAUGGCUGUAAACAUCAUUGCCUGCAUCUUUCUCGUGGUGGCUUAUGUGUUCUUGUUCUUCCCACCCUUACCCAGCCCAGCCCCCGUUGACAUGAACUGGGCUUGCUUGGUGUACGGCGUUGUGGUUGCAUUCGCGUCCACGUAUUACUACGUAUAUGGACGCCACAAUUACGACGGUCCAGUCGAGUAUGUGCGCAGAGACUACUAG